AUGGAGACGGAUUGUGCACUACGAUUGUGUAUUGCGCAGCUCCAUAGCUCAGCUGUGUCGUUUGAUACGGAGACACAAAGCUAUGUAGUAGCACAUGCUAAGAUGAGUCGAGUCCAAGUGGUCGGAGUGCUAAUCAAGAGGCUUGACAUGCAGCUCAAGCUUGACGAUGGCACAGGGAUACUGGAUGCAAAGAUUGCGCCAAAUGUUUGCAGACAAGAGCUGCAGUUGGGUGCAUUGGUGGAGUGCGUAGGAGCCAUUGAGGAGCCAUGGCCACCGUCAAAAAUGACAUGUACACGACGCUGGUUAAAUGCAACGCAGCAAGUUUACUACUUUCAAGUGCUUACUAGAGAUCGCAACGUUGAGACACUGAGGAUGCUCGAAGUUAUUCAUCUGUACAACACUGAUUACGCGGUUCCAAGCUCUUCACCUCCUGCUGAUCUCGAGCUGCUUGCUUUUCCUCCGAUGGAUAGCACUACUACACUGAUGUCAGAACCAGGUUCCGAGGUUACUCGACAGUGUUCGGAUGGUCGUCAACCAAACGAAUUCGAAGCUUCUUCGACUCUUAUUGAAAAGCCAUGGGAGCGGCAAAGUGUUGGUGCUCUUCAUCAAGAUGUUGACAUACCUCCGGCAGACUAUCAGUUCGCGCUACCUGAACGAGACCACGCGCUGGUCGAGCAAGGAACAAAGUCGCUUGAAAUCCGAUUGAACGUCGCUCCUUACUCGAUCAUUCAUGUGAAUGACCGGAUUACGAUCAAUGGCAAAACGCUUACCAUUGUUGUAGCGGUUCGCAAGUACUCGAGACUGCAAUCCGUUGUGGAAACGGAAGACAUGAACGCGCUGCUUCCCCAAACUUCCUUUUUGGGAGCGGAGAUUUUUGACGCGGCAGCUGCUGCGGAACGCCAUUACCGCCAGUUUUUUAGCGCCGAGGAGGAAGAGCAUUAUGGCCUUGUUGUAUUCCAGCUAGCUCUUCCUCGCUCGAGUUCCUCCGCGCCAAUAUCGCAGGAAGAGUGGAGCACGUUGGUUCUUCGGCAACUGGAGGCAAAAAAUGGUAUCGGAUGCUCUGUCGCAGACCUCCGUUUUGCCUUCCCCGUUCUGCCAGUCGAUCAAAUCAUGGACAUUCUUGCAAAUCUGCAAUUUGACGCGUUGGUCAUUCAUGUGAACGGUAAAUACCGUCGAGUGUGA